AUGCAACCAGUUCAAUUCAUGGAUGAUGAUUCGGAUCCAGUAAUAAUGAAUUACAAGAAUAUGUUAUUAUCUGACAGAAAUAAUCUUGGACGAUAUUUAGGAGAAUCAAUCAUUGGUCAUAAUAGCGACGGUAAUCUUCGUCUAAUGAAACGUAUCAUUAUGUUACCUCGAGUAGGUAAACGUUCACUUCGAGAUCCUACAGCGUUCAAAAUAUAA